AGACCGGGGGUGUAUUGAUUAGUCCGGCAGUUCUGUGGUUAGACAGCCCCUGUCUGUCUGUCUGACCAUGCACCUGGAGCCCGAGGCCCGGCCCGCAGCACAACCGCGUUCCGUUCACAGGCUGGUCCCGGAGGUUGCUGGUGAAACCCCGCUGGAGUGCCGCUGGGCAGGCUGAUAGGAGAGGGAGAGGAGGGGAGACAAUACGCGCAGGGCUCAGCGGGCGGACAGCCAUUGCUUUUUGCUCUCGCUGCUAAUAAAGAAGAAAGCAGCGUCUCGGCUGUGUAUCACCGGAACAACAGACAGCAGCCCUGCACCGAGACCCGCCUGGACCCGCUCUAUUGUCUUCGAUCGUGUGGAUUUUCUGGGAAGAUGUCUUAUGUGACUGCGCUGUUGUUGCUGCCAGUCCUGUGUGGCAGCAUCAGCACCUCCAGCGCUGCAGCCUCAGCAUCCCGGAAGUGUGAGGACAGUCUGGCCACUCCUCUUCCCUUCAGCUCCUUCACCAGCUCAUCAGUGUUCACCAGAGGACAUGGAGCCGGUUACGCCAAACUCAACCGAAAACAAGGUGAUGGAGGCUGGUCGCCCCUGGAUACGGACCGUUACCAGUGGUUACAGAUGGACCUGGGUUCUAGGAAGCAGGUGGUUGCCAUAGCGACUCAGGGUCGCUACAGUAGCUCUGACUGGACCAGGAAGUAUCGGCUGCUUUACAGUGACACGCCGAAAAACUGGAGGCCUUAUCUACAGGACGGAAAUAUCUGGACGUUCGAGGGGAACGUGAACAGUGAGGGCGUGGUCCGCCACGAGCUGCAGCACGCCAUCCUGGCUCGCUACAUCCGCUUCGUCCCGCUGGACUGGAGCAGGGAGGGACGCAUUGGAGUCCGUCUGGAGCUCUACGGCUGCUCGUACUGGGCAGACGUGAUCAGCUUUGACGGCCAAGGCAUCAUCUCCUACCGCUUCCGGAGUAAGAAGAUGAAGAUUGUGAAGGACAUCAUCUCUCUGAAGUUUAGGACCACAGCCAGAGACGGGGUCCUGCUCCAUGGAGAGGGACAACAGGGGGACUACAUUUCCCUGGAGCUCCGCAGGGCGAGACUGCAGCUCAGCAUCAACUUAGGCAGUAACCAGUACGGCUCCAUCCAGGGUCACACCUCUGUGACCAGUGGGAGCUUACUGGACGACGACCACUGGCACUCGGUCGUCAUAGAGCGUUACCGCAGGAACGUCAACUUCACCCUGGACCACCACACUCAGCAGUUCAGGACCAAUGGAGAGUUUGACCACCUGGACCUGGACUAUGAGAUCAGUUUCGGAGGUGUGGCCGUGUCAGCGAAGCCGAGCUCAGGAGGCAGAGAGAACUUUGUGGGCUGCAUGGAGGGAAUCACCUACAACGGAGACAACAUCACUAACCUGGUCCGCAGGAAGAAGGUGGACACGUCCAGCUUCCGUAACCUGACAUUCUCCUGCAGCGAGUCCAACUCCUUCCCCGUCUUCUUCAACUCCACGUCCUUCCUGCGGCUGCCGGGUCAGAGUGACAGCGACACUCUGUCAGUCAGCCUGUCUUUCAGGACAUGGAACCCCAACGGGCUGCUGAUGUUCACAGCGCUGGCCGACGGCUGGGUGGAGGUGGGACUGUUGGAGGGCAAGGUCAACAUCUACGUGAAUGUGACACAGCAGAAGAGCAUACGUUACAUUGAUAUCUCAUCAGGCUCGGGUCUGAAUGACGGCCAGUGGCACAGUGUCCAUCUGAAUGCACUGGAGUUCUAUGCAAUGCUGACAGUAGAUGGAGAUGAAGCAUCUACAGUCAGAACAGUCAUGCCCCUCCACAUCCAGACUGGAGGAACCUACUACUUCGGAGGUUACUUCAUGCACACUAACACCCGAUCAGCUCAGCGCCCCUUCCAGGGCUGCAUGCAGAUGAUCCACAUAGACGACCAUCUAGCUGACCUCAGGGCUGUAGAGCAGGGUCUCAUUGGGACCUUUGAAAAUGUCAGCCUGGACAUGUGCGCCAUCAUAGACAGGUGUAUUCCCAACCACUGUGAGCACGGCGGUCGCUGCUCUCAGACCUGGGACACAUUCAGCUGCAACUGUAAUGGCACUGGAUACACCGGAGCUACCUGCCAUACCUCAAUGUACCAGCAGUCCUGUGAGGAGUAUAAGCACCAGGGGAAGAGCUCGGGGAGCUACUGGAUCGACCCAGACGGCAGUGGAUCUAUUGCCCCCUUCAGAGUCACCUGUGACAUGACAGAGGAGAAGGUGUGGACCACACUGAAGAACAACCUGUCUCCUCAGACCUCAGUCACCAGAGCAGACCAGGAGGGGAAGGCGGCGCUGCAGAUCACUUACAACGUGACCGAUGAACAGGUGCUGUCCGUCACUGGCAACGCAGAGUACUGUGAACAGUACGUAGCCUACGCUUGCCGCAUGUCUCGUCUGCUCAACACUCCAGAUGGCGUCCCGUUCACCUGGUGGGUAGGACGAGCCAAUGAGAGGCAUUCCUACUGGGGGGGUUCAGGACCGGGGAUACAGAAGUGUUCCUGUGGCAUCGAACACAACUGCACUGACCCCAAAUACUACUGCAACUGCGACGCUGACCAGAGGACCUGGAGGGAAGAUGCAGGCCUGUUGGUGUAUAAAGACCAUUUGCCAGUCAGUCAGGUGGUGGUUGGUGAUACAGGCAGAGCUGGAUCUGAGGCCAAGCUGACCGUAGGACCACUCAAAUGCCAGGGGGACCGGAACUACUGGAACGCAGCCUCCUUCUCCAGCCCCGCCUCCUCCCUCCACUUCCCCUCCUUCAGAGGUGAAACCAGCACCGACAUCUCCUUCUACUUUAAGACCUCCUCCACUCAUGGAGUGUUUCUGGAGAACCUGGGAACCACUGACUUCCUCCGCAUUGAACUCAGAGGAGGCUCGGUGGUCGUCUUCUCCUUUGACGUGGGCAGUGAGCGGAUGGAGCUCAGCGUCCGCUCGCUGGCGCCUCUCAACGAUGACCAGUGGCAUCGCGUGGAGGCUGAGAAGAACAUCAAGGAGGCGGUGCUACAGCUUAACGGACAGUACAGAGAGGUCAGACCCACCCCCCCACAGGGACACACAAAACUGGAGUUCUACAGUGAGCUAUACAUUGGUGCCUCGAGUGGUCAGAGGGGUUUCCUGGGCUGCAUGCGGGCUCUGAUGAUAAAUGGUGUGACCUUUGACCUGGAGGAGAGGGCAAGGGUGACUCCAGGCGUGAGUCCGGGUUGCCAGGGCCACUGCAGCAGCUACGGGAUGCACUGCAGGAACGGAGGGAAGUGUGUGGAGCAGUACAACGGAUACUCCUGCGACUGCUCCCUCACCGCGUACGACGGAGCCUUCUGCACCGAUGAUGUUGGCGGCUACUUUGAGACAGGAACCUUGGUGCGUUACGACUUCCCGUUCGAGGUGGGGCCUUUCGUGUUGCGGGAAGUGAAGAGCCUAUCAGGUGUCAGUGUUCCUAGUGAGGCCAACCUGACUCAGGAGGAGCUGGUGUUCAGCUUCAGCACCUCCAGCACCCCCAGCAUCCUGGUCUACGUCAGUUCCAGGACUCAGGAUUACCUCGCUGUGGUGCUCAGGCAUAACGGCACCCUCCAGAUCCGCUACAGUCUCGGGGGGCUGACAGAACCUUACACCAUAGACGUCGACCACCGUAACUUAGCCAACGGACAGCCGCACUCUGUCAACAUAACAAGGAACCUAAGAGAGAUACGACUACAGCUCGACCACUACCCGGUCUCCACGUACACCCUGCCUGACGCCUCCGACACCCAGUUCAACUUGAUCAAAAGCAUCUUUCUCGGAAAGGUCUUUGAGACCGGACAGAUCGACCCCAUCCUGAUCGAGCGCUACAACACUCCGGGCUUUGUGGGCUGUCUGUCAAGAGUUCAGUUUAACAGCGUAUCUCCACUGAAAGCUGCAUUGCGCUCGGGUCUGGCAGCGCCCGUCACCACCCACGGCAUUCUAGUCCCGUCCAACUGUGGAGCCUCACCCCUGACCAUCUCCCCCAUGGCCUCAGCCAGUGACCCCUGGCACAUGGAGUUUGCUGGAGCUGUUUUCCCCUUCAAUGAGGACAAAGCCAGUGGUGAUGGAGUGGAUCGCAACUCUGCUAUAAUUGGAGGCAUCAUCUCCAUGGUGAUCUUCACUGUCCUCUGCAUCAUGGUGUUCGUGAUCCGCCACAUGUUCCGUCAUAAAGGCUCCUACCACACUAACGAGGCCAAGGGGGCGGAGUCAGCAGACUGCGCCGACGCCGCGAUCAUCGUCAACGACCCCGCCUUCACCGAGACCAUCGACGAGAGCAAGAAGGAGUGGUUCAUCUGAGGCCGCCGCUGCGACACGGACAGCUGACGUUAGGAUGUAUGUUAGUUUUCUCAGCAUAGGGCGUAUUAGUGAGGUGACACCCCCCCCCCCCUCCCCCCCCUCCCCCGGGGGAAUCUGGAGAAUGUGCCGAGCGGUUUAUUUAAAAACUUUAUGGACAGCGGACACCAUGGCAUCGCAGCGUGGGUUUUAAAGCACAGGGCGCAGCACUGCCUGGCAGAGCCCACGUGGAGGUGUGGAGCGGUUUGUUUUAACUUUAUUUACAACGGACAGGGUGACAGGCUUCAGGUGGUGUAGAGGACAGUGCCAUGAUGAGUGAGUGUGUUCAUCAGGUUUUACUUUUUUUUUUUUUUACCAUACAUAUGUAUACAUUUUUUAUCUGAGUUCAGUUUAAUUUGUGCAAUUUAUUCAUUUAUUUAUAUUUAUUAUUUAAGUCAUAUAUUUUUUUAAAGGUUUUUACAUUAUUUAUUUAUUUCUAUAAGUUCAUAACUUUAUGCCUCUGUGACAUGCUGGUAUUUCAGAUUAGACAAUGAUGCAUUAAUGGUAAUAAUUAUUAAUCCAUGAAUCCCAAUAAUUUUCCACCUCUGUAGCAACGCUCAAUAACUCCAGCUUUUUUAUAUUAAAUCUCAUGUUUAAUCAUUUGCUUUAUUUUCUAUUCAUGUCAGUAAAGUUUAAUUUCAGCCUGAAGACGUGUGUGUGUGUGUGUGUGUGUGUGUGUGUGUGUGUGUGUGUGUGUGUGUGUGUGUGUGUGUGUGUGUGUGUACUGGCCUGCCUGUAAAGGAGAUGUAGCCAUGACGUUGUCUGCAUCAUUUGGACUAAGAACCAGGGAGAAAAUGAAAUGUCACACUUGUAUUUAUUUUUGCAUCUACAUAUCUGACAGUGUCUUAAUGACUCAAUCUUUUGUUUUAACUGUUUUUGCUGCCAAAUGACUUCAGGCUGAGUUCAACUGUUGCAGAAUGAACCGAGUCCUGUCAGUCCACUAGAGCUCCACUCGCUGGUUUGUCUUCAUCAGAUUUCUGAGGCAGAGGUUGUCUUUUGUUAGAAAUGUCAGUGUUUACAAUAAUGCAAAAACAUCUACAAGUGAUUCCACACACCUCAAGGUUUCAACAUAUUGCAAAAUCUUGAAAUUCUUCUGCUGUCUGACCCAGAGUUCGACAAGAUGAAGUUUAACUUGGUGCGUCCGCUGCAGGGACAGAUGGGGAAUGAGUUUAGCCUAGCAUAGCACUAAGACUGAAAGCAGGGGGGAAACUGUUAGCCUAGCUCCAUCUCAAGUGAACCAAUGCAGCUUCCAACAACUCCACAGCUGUCUGAGUUACUCUUUGUCUGUUAGUGAGGAGGCUCCAUCUAAGAGAGAAGAGAUGAGACAGGGCUCAAACCUGAAACCACAGUGAGGACAGGACGUUCACACUAAUGGCACUUACAACCAUGAUGUCUUUUUUUCUACACAACAUAAUGUAUGAAAAACAGCUUGGAGUUGUUGGAAACAGGCCUGUAAUCUGAGAUGAGUCCACAUCCAAGCAGCUCUGAGAUCAAUUCAAGACCAAAUCCAAAAGGGACACAGCUUUUCUUGUUGUUUUAGUGAGAGUCUGUGACAGAAACAGGAAACAACUUUGCAACAAAAUAAAUUACAUAAUUUCAGUAUAUUUCAAACAAAGUAUGUUUGCACAGUUUUAGGAGAUGAGUAUAAAAACAUGUUAACUUGGUUGUUCUGCAGUGAAGACACGCUGUGGAAAAUAAUUAGUACCUGCAAUCAGAACAGUGUAUGUGAUAGAACUGUGUGUCUCUGUGGGGAGAUGGUGAUAAUAAUAAUAAUAAUAAUAAUUGUAAAGAUAAACAUUAUUUAAAGAGCAUUUUUCAUACAAGAGAUAUAGCUCAAAGUGUUGUUUAAUUAGACAGAAAGACAGUUGAUGAUAAAUUAUGUAAAUAAAAAAAAUAAAAAAACAGUAAGAAUAGUAAAAUAUGAGAGAAUUAAUUAAAAGCCAAGACCCCACAGCUCUUAUAGUCCACUGGUCUUAUAGUCACUGGUCUCAGGUGAGACUAAAGACUUGCUGAGAUCUAUACAGGUCUAAAUCUAAGUCCGAGUUAACAGGGUUAACAGAGAAACACAUCUCAAGGUAACUUCAGCCCUGCUGCUAUUAUUUCUUAACUUGUGAGGGAGCUAGGCUAGCAGCUUCCCCCUGCUUCCAGUCUCUGUGCUAUGCUAGGCUAAAUAUCCUGGGCGUAUUUCUGUAUUUGAUGACGGAUGAUGAAAUUCAGAGAGAUAAUACACUGAUCAUCGUGUCUAAUUCUGUACAAGACGGCAACAAGCAAAACAAGAAACUUCCCAAAAUGCACAAAGUAAUCACAGAAUAACCAGCCUCUGUUGGCAGGAAGGUAGGAAAUAAAACUUCCCGGCUACAGAGAGUCUCUCCAUUUCCAGCUAACAGAGACGCUCACCAGUGUUUGAUAGGUUUGUCAUAGGUUUUCUUUACUGAGGACUGAGAUCAGCUUCCUCCAACACAAAAUCCUGUCAAACUCUUAAGGUGGACUGACAGGACUCUGAGUUCAGGAUCCUUCUCAUAUCUGUCCUUUAAGAACCUGAGCUUACAUAUUUGAUUUUUAUGAUGAUGAUGUUUCUGGAAGAGAAUGUUUGUUACCCACAUAUAAAACUACAGCGUACAUCCUGACAUUUGAUUGUAUUGCAUUUGUAUUCUUUUGACUGCACUGCAGAGUAAUGGCAUGCUGUUUGACACUGAAUGACACACACACUUCUGUUUGAUAAGCCACUGUAGCAUCACGUUGUUUUUUCUUCAUGUUAUAUGUAUAAAACUUUGCCAAACUGUUCUUGUUUUUAUAGCUGAUUUCUCAUUCUUUGUGCUUUUCUCAUUGUCUUGAAAAAAAAAUGAUGCUUCCUCUUGGAAAGAACAGUAAAAUAUGAGUUUAAAUCUUA